UCCCGCGUUCAUGUUCUAGUCGGAAACUGUGAAACUCUGAAAUGUCAGACGUAAUAACCGGAUGUAGUUAUACACAUGCCGCGUUCAACGAAUCAGCAAGGGUUAGUGCUAUCCGGGGUCCUACCUUAACCCUAAUCGUAAACCUUACCCUUUUUAUAAAUGGUAACUUCAAUGGGGUAUGGACGUCCCAAGGAUCCCGGAUUGCAUGGACAAAUGAACAAGUCGGACCUUUCCGAGUUUCCUAGUUCCGAUUAGCAAGUGAACACGUCAUCUAUAUGUUCGAAUAUUGGGAAAUUACGAGUCCGUGCAUGCAGACGGCCAUCUUGGACUGUUUACACAAGCUAUCUCCACCUAACGUUAGAUAAAUAUAAUUGUAAAAGUCUAUACCGGUAGUGGUAUUUGUAGUUUUGACACAUUGAUAUAGCUGUGUGAUCAAUCAACCAGUCAAGUGACUGGGCUGCGCACAUUUGUCCCAGCGUCGUCCGGGUUUGGCCGCAACGUUAAUUGUAAAUAAUAAUUUGUUUUUAACUGACUUGCCAAAUUAAAUAAAGGUUACACACGUCAUUCCUUAUGACGAGGGAGGGGAGGUGGGGUUAGUAAACGAGCUCUAAAUAUUUUUGAACAGUCAUCCAACUCGGAAUUCCAAGUCGGAAUCUUUCUAGAGCCCCGGCCUUAAGAUCACUGAUGUCAUGUUUUUACCCUUUUCCGGAGUCCCCACUUUUCUUUAAAGCACCCAAUUUUUUAAAUUAUUAUUAUUUUUUAAACUUCCGAUGACCAGAUCAAAAUGACAGUAGUUCACCCAAAGGCUACACUAUAGUUCAUGUUGUAAUGUUAUGUAUCUUGUCAGCCAAGUGGCACAACUUAAUUGUUUGUUAUACAUGCUCAGUGCAUUUUGUUGAUCGUUUGCGAAUUAAUGAUGCCUAUCAACAUCGCAACUCAUCCACUGACAGUUGACAGUGAGAAGAAGAAAGAGAAAUAGGAGGCACAGUUUAAUGGCAGGGUUUCCAAAAAUGUUUAUGCUGCUGCAUGUGUAGGAGCCAGGCACCUGCACACCACAAAGCCAUGGAUGGCCAAGACGGGAACAGCAGAGGUCUCGUCCAUUCUGGAGGAGAAGAUCCUGGGGGCUGACACUAGCGCUGACCUGGAGGAGACUGGUCGCGUGUUGUCCAUCGGUGAUGGUAUUGCCAGAGUGUAUGGUCUCAGGAACGUGCAGGCUGAGGAGAUGGUGGAGUUCUCUUCCGGGCUUAAGGGCAUGUCUCUGAACUUGGAGCCUGACAAUGUCGGUGUUGUGGUGUUCGGUAAUGACAAGCUCAUCAAGGAGGGCGAUAUCGUGAAGAGAACCGGAGCCAUCGUGGAUGUGCCCGUCGGUGAACAGCUGCUGGGUCGUGUGGUGGACGCUCUGGGAAAUGCCAUCGACGGCAAGGGUCCCCUUGGGUCCAGCAUCCGUAGGCGUGUGGGUCUUAAGGCCCCUGGCAUUAUCCCCCGUAUUUCUGUGAGAGAGCCCAUGCAGACUGGCAUCAAGGCCGUGGACAGCCUGGUGCCCAUUGGCCGAGGUCAGCGUGAGCUGAUCAUCGGUGACAGGCAGACUGGCAAAACCGCCAUUGCCAUCGACACCAUUAUCAACCAGAAGCGCUUCAACGAUGGCACUGAUGAGAAGAAGAAGCUGUACUGCAUCUACGUCGCCAUUGGUCAGAAGAGAUCCACCGUGGCCCAGCUAGUGAAGAGGCUGACUGACGCCGACGCCAUGAGGUACACUAUUGUGGUGUCCGCCACAGCCUCCGAUGCCGCUCCCCUGCAGUACCUGGCCCCUUACUCUGGCUGCUCCAUGGGAGAGUUCUUCAGAGACAAUGGCAAGCACGCGCUCAUCAUCUACGACGAUUUGUCCAAGCAGGCUGUGGCUUACCGUCAGAUGUCCCUGCUGCUACGCCGUCCCCCCGGUCGUGAGGCAUACCCCGGGGAUGUGUUCUACCUCCAUUCUCGUUUGCUAGAGAGGGCAGCCAAGAUGAACGAAAACUUCGGAGGCGGCUCCCUCACCGCCCUACCCGUCAUUGAGACCCAGGCCGGUGAUGUUUCCGCCUACAUUCCAACCAAUGUCAUCUCCAUCACAGACGGACAGAUAUUCUUGGAGACUGAGUUGUUCUACAAAGGUAUUCGACCAGCCAUCAACGUAGGUCUGUCUGUGUCACGUGUCGGCUCUGCCGCCCAGACCAAAGCCAUGAAGCAGGUGGCUGGUACCAUGAAGCUGGAGUUGGCCCAGUACCGUGAGGUGGCUGCCUUCGCACAGUUUGGUUCCGACUUGGACGCUGCCACCCAGCAGCUUCUGAACCGUGGUGUUCGCCUUACUGAGCUCCUCAAGCAGGGGCAGUACUGCCCCAUGGCCAUUGAGGAGCAGGUUACAGUCAUCUAUGCUGGUGUGAGGGGACACUUGGACAAAAUGGACCCAACCAAGAUAACAAAGUUUGAGAAGGCUUUUCUUCAACAUGUUCUCAGCCAGCACCAGGACCUCCUAGCACAAAUUAGAGCUGAUGGCAAAAUCUCAGAAACCGCAGAUGCCCAGCUUAAGCAGAUCGUCUUGACCUUCCUGGCAAGCUUUGAGUAGUCUUAUUUUUGGUCAACUAUUUUGUCAAUGUUUGCAUAGUGCGGAUGUUAAACUUUGAAUCUGAAAAUAAAGUGGCAUUUGAUAUUACUGUACAGAUGUCUCCUAACAGAGAAUAAAGUCUUUCUACUCCAGGA